AUGGCCGCCCUCAAGUCUUUGGUUUCCCUCUCCCUCCUCACCUCCGUCCUCUCCUCGCCCGUCCCCAAGUCCGGAGCCUCAGAUGUCGGCUUCUCGCGGGUCAAGGACCGCGCGGUGGUUUGGUCUGACGCAACAUGCUCGGUAACUGAAAUCACCGACGCUUCCUACCUGCCCGAUGUUCGCUGGAACGCCGUCGACACCACCAGUGCCUGGUCCGCCGUGGCCAACUCGUGGAACUCGGAUCCCGCAGGCACCGGCCAGACCGUCCUGCCCUUCCCCAUGAGUGUCAGCAACUUCUUCCAUGGCCCUGAGCACAUGAACUGCCAGGAUGUUGGAGACGGUACUUGCAACACCAUGGUCCAGUGUGACGAUACCUCGUUCCCAGCCGGUUAUCUGAUCCUCAACUCCUUCGUCGCCAUCCACCAGGUCCACCAGAACCGCUACAAUGGCCUCGACUCCGCCAUGAACCAGAUGCAAAACUCCAUGGGCAAGUUCACCGAGACCUUUGCUCCUCAGAUCUCGGACUCGUCCGUCGUUCUGCGAGAGAUUCUGUCCUCGUUCGCCUUGGUCAUCGGCGUCGCGUCUGCCUACAGCUGGAACACAGUCAUCAAGACAGCCAAGAUCUUCAACAGCGACAACGAGGACUGGCGAAGCGUUGCCAAGGAUUCCUUCAACGCCGCUGUUACGUUUGCCAUCUCCAUCUCCCGUGAUCACAUCCCCACCGCUGCCGACUUGCAGAACGACCUGACCGAAGCCAUGGGCAAGUUUGUCGGCAAGUGGAUGGAGGCCGAGGCCGCCUACGUCAACAAGAUCUUCUCCGGCGAGGUCGGAACUCUCAACACCCUGUACGGCCUCAUCCAGGACGGCAUGCAAGGCGCUGUUCCCACCGGCACUGAUCUCGCCACUCUCAAGGACGAGGGCCAGAAGAUUGUCUACACCAAGAUGAUCCCCGCCGCUUGGAAGGUGGCUCCCGGCGAAUUCUCUCCUUUCAUCCUAGCUACGGACAACGCCUGCUCCUCUGUCGGCGAGGGCGACCUUGCUGGCCACAUCGACGACUCCACAGCUGCCCAGAUCCACGUGUGCUACGACAACAAGAUCUUCUACGUCGGCACCCCCGAGUACAGAAACAACAUGGGCAAUCUCAUUGACUGGAAGAUCAACAGCCUCCCCGGCGGCACUUACGACAACCUCAAGGGCGAGGAGUGGGGUGGCGUGACUCUCGAUGACAUCGUCAUCAGCUCGUGGGACGGCUACAAGCUGAAUGGCAACCAGAACGGCUACCAGAUGCCCGAGAACUCGGAAGCCAUUGACGGCAACGGCAACAAUGGCAACAUCAUCUUCGAGGCUGGCACGCGCACUCCUGGUUUCAGCAACAUGCCCAUCUGCGACAUCAAGACCUUGACCAAUAACUUGAAGUACUGCAACAAGAACUACGAGGGAUUCCCUUGCAGGCAGUUCAGCACCACCACCUGCAACUAA